GAGAGCAGCACCUGCGCAUCGAGAAACCAAGACAUCGUUAGUGUUGAACGGACUUCGGAAGAGGCAAGAUGUUCUUCGCUGGAGUUUCUUCCUUUCGGCUUCUGUUAGUGGCCGCGUUGCCACUGAUGGCAUGUCAGAGUCUGGGAAUUCCUCCGCCUCGACACUAUCCUGUACGGAGGUUGAAGGGACACCAAAAGAAGCCUGAGGCCAACCACCAACUUCCCUUGGCUCGUGAUCAGUGCCCCCCGUGUGGCCAGAGAGCGGGCGUGGGCGGGGCGGGAGAUCGCAUCGUGGGCGGAAGCGACGCCGGCGAUCACCCCUGGAUGGCAGGAGUCCUCAUGUACGGCGGAGAGAUGAUCUGCGGCGCCUCUCUCAUCACGCGGCAACACGUGCUCACGGCUGCUCAUUGCGUCAAGUCCAUCGUCUUGGGAGAGGACAGUAUCGACGUGGUGUUGGGGAGUAAGCUCCUGCGGAACGGAACCGAAGCCACUCGCCAGAGGAUCCCCGUCGCGGAGGUGAUCGUCCAUGAGAGACACCAUCCGAUGAGCCUCGCCCAUGACAUUGCCAUUCUAAGGCUUAAGGAUCCCGUUGACCUUAAUCCGAAGGUUGCUCCUAUUUGCCUGCACGUGGAAGACGAGGACCAUAACGUCACAACAGCCAUCGCCACCGGUUGGGGCAAACUUGAGGAAGACGGAGAGGAGUCCGAGACGCUACAGGAAGUGGAAUUGCCUAUCGUGCCGCAGGAUGAAUGCGAGCAGCAGUACGCACCCAUAACCAUCGCAGGAUAUUUUGUGUGUGCCGGCGAAGGAGGAAAGGACGCGUGUCAGUCUGACAGCGGAGGGCCCCUGGUCGCCGCCAGGCCCGACGGGUCGUGGUAUCUCCUGGGCUUGACGUCAUGGGGAAGGGGGUGUGGACGGCCUAAAUAUCCUGGGGUGUUCGUCCAGGUCGGGAGUUACCUGAAUUGGAUCGCGAAUAAAAUCUCCGACGACGACUGCGGUUACUUGUCGCAUCUCCCUACCCCACCACCGCUGACAACUUGGAAGCCGAACGAGAAUUGCAAAUGCGGAGUACCAAACCGUAAGGAUCGCAUAGUGGGCGGAGUAGUCACACAGCCACACACGUUCCCAUGGAUGGUAGCUCUGACAGAAGGAUUCAGCAUGGUUCCCUACUGCGGCGCCGCUCUCGUUUCCAACCAGUGGGUUAUCACAGCCGCCCAUUGCACCGAAAACAUGUUCCCUGAUGACCAAGUCCUUUUGGGAAUGCAUGACACGAGCCAUCGUCAUGAGGCCAGUCUUGUUCGUCGCAACAUAGAAGAGGUCGUGUCGCAUCCUCAAUACGGCGAUGUUGUUCUAGACAACGACAUCGCCCUUAUAAAGCUCUCCAGCCCUGUGGUCUUUAACCAAGAGUAUAUCGCCCCAGUCUGUCUUCCUGCCUUUGGCCAGAAGUUUGAUAAUGGCACCGCUUUUGUCACGGGUUGGGGCUCUAUAGAAUAUUACGGCGCGAACUCGGAUAAACUGAGGGUGGUGGAGCUGCCUCUAGUGCCCCACGAAAAUUGCUCGAAAACGUACUUCCCAUAUGUGACUGAGAAUAUGAUCUGCGCUGGUUUGAAGGAAGGAGGACGAGAUGCUUGUCAGGGCGACUCCGGUGGUCCUAUGGUAAUCGACGAUGGUUCUGGAAGCUACUUACUGGCGGGUCUAGUGUCGUGGGGAAUGGGGUGCGCCGUGCCUGACCAUCCGGGAGUCUAUACGAAUGUAGGCUAGUAUGUAG